AUGAGACUGGAGCCCAAGGAGAGUCAAGGAGCAAGGCAGGAAGAGCAGGGGGUGAGACUAGAGGAAUCUGAGAAGCCAGGAAGGGUCGGCGAGAGCUCAGCUGCGGGAAUGGCCCUAAGGAUGCCCUGGGCUGGCCAGGCCAAAGGAAUCCUCGGAGGCUGGAGGAUCAUCUGCUUGGUGCUGUCUCUGUUCCUGCAGCACCCAGGAGUUAACAGCAAGUGUUACUUCCAAGCUCAAGCCCCCUGCCACUACGAGGGGAGAUAUUUCACUCUGGGCGAAUCCUGGCUCCGCAAGGACUGCUUCCAUUGUACCUGUCUGCACCCUGUUGGCGUGGGCUGCUGUGACACGUCUCAGCAUCCCAUCGACUUCCCUGCUGGCUGUGAAGUGCGACAGGAGGCAGGAACCUGUCAGUUUUCCCUGGUGCAAAAAGCUGACCCUCGGCUGCCCUGCAAAGGGGGAGGACCCGACUUAGAAUGGGGCUCAGCUAACACCCCUGCUCCUGGGGCUCCCGCCCCCCACUCCAGCUAA